UUCGCCUGGAAUUCGCUGCUUUCGUUUGCGAUUCUCCAACGAUCAACAACCCCACUGUGUACCAAAAGAGACAACAACAACAACAACAACUUCUUGUGUGUGCAUGCUUUGUGUGGAACACAAUCCCCCCGUAGCCCGGAACACGUGCGUGUCCCUUGUGUAAGGACGAAAACUCGGAACAGGCAAAGACACACGAACGCGAGUGCAGACACGAACUCGGGUGCAGACACGAAGCGGCGUACAAAGUACACUCCGUUCACCCAGAGAAUCGUCACUGCAAAUACCCGCCGAAAUCGGUGCCAAUCCUUCGUUGGCAUUCCAUCCAUACAGUCCGUUGCGUCUCCAAUCAGUGUGCGUUUGUUUGCCGCGUCCGGGGAACAUGUUGCGUAUGACUUCCCGACGACCCUUGUCUCCAAAGGUCCUCCGGAACAACAAAUCCCAACAGUCCACCGGCACCGUUUCGGUGGAAGAUGAAGACGAAGACAAUCGUUCGGUGGAUCCAGUCGACGGUGAGCCGCCGGUGUGGAUUCCACCCGCUACCGUAGCCACGACUGACUCCACACCCUCGCGACCGUCACCAACCUUUCCUCCCUCCGCCGACUCGCCGGAUACGUGUUUACUGGAACAAGCGAUUGUCAGUAUGAGUUCCGCCCUCACCGAAUUGCAUACGGAAUUGCGGGACAAAACGUGCCGGGUCGAGGUUUUACAGGACACGAUUGUGGCCUUGUCCAAGGCUCUGGAAGCCACGGAACGAGACGUGCAGGAAAAGGCGCUGGACAAUGAACGACUGUCGUUGCAACUAUCCGCCCUCACGUUUGGAAUUCCGCGGGGAGUGCAAGGCCAAGGCCAUUCCAGUCGAGAUCACGGAAAUUCUCGGUACGACACGGAGACGGACGACGAAGAGCUCACCCACACGGAACAACACCACGCCUUGAAACGCAGGAAGGGCAAGAAAAAGAAACAGCUCGAACACGCGAAACAAAUUACUGAUAUGAAGAAGCACAAGGCCAAGAAAAAGGCCGGACUGGUAACUAUGAAUGGUAUGGAGUAUGAUCUAACUGCGAAGGUAGCAAGGGCAGUUGAAGAAACAGUAUUGCCACAACAAAAAGAACAACCACCACAAGAACAAGACAAAGCCUCGGACACACAAGUAACACCAGAGGAAGCAGUAUGGCCACAACCAGGACAGUCACAAACACUAUUAUCACAAGCACGGUCAGAACCAGAAACCAGAAGUAGCACCAUUGCAGAUUCCCACAACUCCGACACCAACCGUAUGAUCGAGGAAUCCAGCACGGACGAGUCUGACGCCGCCGUCGAUAGUGACGAGGAGGAUACGGAUUCCGAUUCGGACGGCCACGACCCCGACGAACUGGCGACUCGGCCAACGACUUUGACAGCCACGGCGGACGGGGUCGGAUUGGGCAAGGAUGGCUAUUCCAUACCGACCGACGGUUCGGCUUCCAGUACGGGUCCCGGACAAGCCGCGUUCUACCGUGUCAUGAUGGAACGGGAUGUGGCGCAGAAACGGGCGCACAAUUACCACGCCGAAGUCCGGUCACAACGAGCGAAAAUUCGAGAACUGACGGCUCGAUUGCACAAGAGCGUGGCUCUCGUGGAAGUUUCGUACAACGGUACUGGCGACGAGGACGGGACUACCAAAACUGGCAAGACGAAAAAGAAAAAGGCGAACAAGCAGAAGGUAUCUCCAGACCCGCAGCAGCAGCAACAAGUUAAGAAAAGGCCGUUGCGGUGGCUGUCCAAAGGCUCCAAUGGGAACGAGGAACUGGUACAUGAUGCGGGGACUACGUUACCACCGAACUCGCCCCCGACCGUAUCGCGAAUGUUCAAGUCGACUUCGAAAACGUCCGACAUUCAAGACUUGGAGCAGUAUGCAUUUUCGUUGGCGGAUCACGCGGAUCAAGCGGCGGGAGUCCUAUCGACCAAGUCGAGAACGAGAACGCCGACCUCGGUAACCACCGCGAGCCUCUUGGAGUUGUAGAACGGAUUGCUUUUAACGGUUCCUUUCUAUGGUACAUUUUACUCGCACGACUCGAAAAAAUGGGUGAGCGGUAGUUGUCUACCGGUAGUGAGAUAGAUGAGAUAGGUUACAAACGGAUCUCCUGA